UCCGACGUCAGUUUCAGAAGAGGAAGCCAUCUUGGAAGUGUGGCGCAGUUCGGCCGGGGUUUUACACAGUUUCCGACAGACAUUCCGUAGUUUUCUGGCCGUAUAAAGGUACACCGGUCAAUACGAGGGCCCUGUAUAUACUUUUGUUCCUCUUUUAUUUUUAGUCUUGUCAAAAAUCGGUGUAGGAGUCGUCAGAAAAGAGGUCAAAAGAGGUGGAACUUGGCGCGACACUCGAGAAAAAGGAACGUACCACACACAAGAGGACUUAGAAAACCAGAAUCUCUGACGACAUGGGUGACUUGAACAUCGCUGUCGUCUGCUCCAGUAACCAGAACAGGAGUAUGGAGGCACACGCCUUCCUCAGCAAGAAAGGUUUCCGGGUGAAAUCCUUCGGCACAGGCUCCCAGGUCAAGCUGCCCGGACCGGCGCCGGACAAACCCAACGUGUACGACUUCGGCACAACCUACGACCAGAUGCACAAGGACCUCACGCAGAAAGACCUCGCACUAUACACACAGAACGGCAUCCUGCACAUGCUGGACCGGAACAAGAGAAUCAAGCCCCGCCCGGAGAGGUUCCAGUCCGCCAAGGAGAGGUUCGACAUCGUCGUCACGUGCGAGGAGAGGGUGUACGACCAGGUCGUAGAAGAUCUAGAGACGAGAGACUCCGGAGCGGACGCACCAGUUCACGUCAUCAACAUCGACAUCCAGGACAACCACGAGGAGGCCACGAUAGGGGCCUUCCUUAUAUGUGACCUAUGUCAAAUGCUGCAAGACUCCGAUGACCUUGAGAACGAAAUGGACGAAAUCCUGCAGGCCUUCGAGGAGAAGUGCAAUCGGCCCAUCCUGCACACAGUUUCCUUCUACUGACGAUUGGACCAACCCUUUUACAACGUCCUUCCUAAGCUACUGACGACUAGCCUGUCACGGACACGUACCGUACUUCCCAUGUAACUGACGAUUUGCGCGCCAUACUUUCCAUGCUACUGACUAUUGGACCCUCACACACACCGUGCGACUGUACACAUGGAUACCGUAUUCUUUCAGGACUGACACAGAAUCGCACCGCCAUUUUCUUUCCCACCGGAUAGUUGAGCCUUGUACUGCUAAUCGGACAAAGUUAGAUUUUGCUGCAAUUUACGCUUCAACAUAAUUACUGGACUUAGUGUGAUCAUUGCUUGUCGACUUCUUUCAACUUUUCGGUGGAAGGAGAGGGAUGGACUCCGCCUUCUAAUACCGUGCUCUAGGUUA